AUGAUGGUAUGCUACCACUCUUUCACGAGAGAUGUUCUAUUUUCUAAUCUCCUUCUUUUGUUACGUGUCGAUAGCAAUCAUGUAAGCAAAUAUCAGUUGUUAUCACAACUUGAAUAUUCAUACCUUUAUAUGAAUACACUAUCAUGUUUUGAUGUAGAAAAUGGCAUGUUACAGAGCUUUUAUGAUCUUUUGUUUUUGACAUUCACACCUUUUUUCACCAAAUUUUGGUUUUCACAUGCUAAGUCAUUGGAUGCUUGGGAUAAGAAGAUGGGCAUCAACUACAUAAACAAAAACAGAAUAUGUCUGGAAAUGGUUUUUCAGCAUCCCAAGAGUUUCAAAUCUGUGCUGAAGAAAAGCAUUGAAAUGAUUUUCAAUCUAAAAAUACCUAAGGUGGCAGAAUACCAGAAGCUGAAAAGUGAAAUAUGUGACCAGAUCAGCAAAUUGGAUGAACAGAAUCCUCUGCUCAUGUUGUUCAAAGCACGGGAUACAUACAGCUUCAUCAGAUAUUAUCUGUUGAAGGAUCCCCAAUGA